CCGUUAUUAAUUACGGGAUUGGUUAGAUGGUAAAAUCGUCAAUUUUUAUUGGUCCGUACUGAGCUGAGCAUAGAAGUAGGCGGAGUUUUGCACGCGGCACGCAUGUCUGGCCGUUGACCGUGACGUCAGGCUGAUAUAAAAUUUAAGUGGCCUAAUGUGAUUGGUCAGUUAUCUGAGCUGUGAUUGGCUGAAAUCUGAACUGAAUAUUUUGAGCUAGUCGACCAAUCAGAACGAAGUAAACAACGUAAAUGGGGAUUUUCCGCUGAACUUGAGUUGUAACGAGAAUUUCGACUUGAGACUAGAUAUUUGAAAGGAAAAGUGACCUUUCGAGUUAAGACAAGGGAAAAGUGACCUUUAACUGAAAUUGAGUUGGAAAGUGACCUUUAACUUGAAUUGAACUGGAAAGUGACCCGUUGAACUUGAGUUGUAAUGAGAAAUAGGAAUCGAAAUGAGAUAUUUGAAAGGGAAAGUGACCUUUUGAGUUGAGUUGAACUGAAAGUGACCUUUUAACAGAAAUUGAGUUGAAAGUGAUUUUGAACUUGAAAUUGAGCUGGAAAGUGACCUUUAACUGAAAUUGAGCUCGAAAGUGACCUUUAAGUGAAAUUGAGUCGGAAAGUGACCUUUAAGUUAAACUGAGCUGGAAAGUGACCUUUUAAGUUGAGUUGAGUCGGAAAGUGACCUUUGAGAUCAGAAGUUGACCUUUGACCCCGAAAAGUGACCUUUACCGAAAAAUUAAAAUUGACUGAAUUGACAUCUCGAGUGACCUUUAAGAUCUGCAAACGAUCAACGGUGACCUUUAUCGAAGUUAAAAUUGCGUUGUAAUAGUAUAACGAUAUUAGCAGCAGUAGGAUCUCAUUCGUAAACGUGUUUUAAACUGUAAAAGCGGAUUCGAAGUUUUGUCUGAAAAGUGACCUUUAGGGCAAAUCUCUCGAAGUUUUUAUUGAAAAAGUGACCUUUAAACGGAACUUAGUCGAAAUUUUUCAACCGAAAAGUGACCUUUAAAAGGGACUUAAAAAAAUUUCGAACUGUAAAGUGACCUUUAGGACAACUGAAUAAACCAUACGAUAACGUGUGUGUGAGAACAAUUGGCAGGAGCGUCAAAGUUAUCCGAUCAACAUGGACAAAGACAAUGUGGAACCGACAUCUAACAGCAGCCAGGGAAGCAGGAGCUCCCGCGGAUCACAGCAAGGCGCAGUCGAUCCGUAUAAGAAGGAAUACAAGUCGCUCGCGCGUCCAGUCGGACACGAUAGACAGACCCGAGCGGCUGUGACCUUUGCAAGAAAGGACAGCAAAGGCAGUGACAUGACAGUACAUACCAAGUGGCGCUCGGAGCUAUACAGAACGAAGAGAGCUCCAGCGGUGACGGAAAGCAAACUCCCGCGUCUGCGGCGGGAGGCAAACCGAUGAACCAGAAAAAGGUCACUGGUGAGGAUGGAACCACAAAAAUGGAAGCGGAGGCAGUUGGGGCAUCACAGUUGGAUGCUACCAUUGUCAGAACAGAAGAGCAGGAUAAAAACGCAAACCCGGCUCAAGUGGAAAUGGAAAAGACAAAGGUUACCGAAGAAGAAUUGGCUGAGCUCGGAUUGAGUGACCUUUCGCUGAAUGACAAAGCGGCAGACGAUGACCUUUGGGCAACUCCAAUGGUCUCAGAUGAGUCCAAUGAAUCAUAUUUCACGGACGAUGAAACGACUAUGAAUAUGUCAUUCCAAUCCGCAAUGAGACAAGCUGACCGUGCUGAAGGGAUGACACCUUUCAAAGAGAUACCGGAGCACCUUAUUGAACGGACAACAACAGGAAAGGUCAUCAACGUACAACCACCGUCACCUAACAGUCCCACGUCAACUCUGAAGAGACGCGUGAAGGAGUUGGAAGAAGAACUUGAAACCAAGGAAAGCCUGGUGGCGAAGAAGAAACAGGAAUAUCAAAAUCGGAUAGGAUCUCUGGAUGCUCGUAUCUAUGAACUGGAGCAACAACAAGCUGACUUGGAAAGCACAGCGGACGAAUGGAAGAUUAAAUACGAGCGUCAAAAAGAGCUUGCUGAGGAGUACCUGAAAAUGGUAGAUGACAGAGAAAUGGAAGGUCAUCUCGCAGUCAGUGACCUUAACGAGUCAGCCGAAAGGUCACGGCACUUGGCGGAAUUGAAGGACGAGUGUGACAAAUUGCGUCAAAAGGUCACCGAAGCCGAAACUAAACGGGACGAAUACGCCGCCAACCUAGCAGAGGCUACACAACGAUUGACAAAGUUGGCGACGGAAACGUUUAAGCUCAGGAAUGACCUGAAGCUGCGGGAGGAAGAUGUCAGCACCCUGCAACACGAGUCGAAAGGUCACCAGAAACGGGCAGACGAAGCUGAAAAGUUACGCAACGACGCAAUCAAAGAGAUGCGCGAGGCAAGAGACAUUACAGCCACUGAAGGGGAACGCCUGAAAGAAGAAAUCGAAAAGGUCAACCGGGAGAAUGAAAAGGUCAUGGUAGACAUUGAAAAGGUCACCAAGGAGGGACUUAAAUGGCAGAAGGAAGCACGUCGAAUGGACACAAUGGUUACAGCAUUGGAGCGGAAGGAUAAAGUGUGGCAGCAACAAGUCGCAGAAAAGAGCCAGGAAGUUACGAGGCUAAAUAGCGAACUACUCGAAAUGACUACCACAGCACUGGCAAAGGAUGAUGAGUUGAUCGCGAUCAAGAAUCAGCUGAGAGCAGCCGCUGGACAAUAUAAGCAACUUGAAAAAGAAACAACCGAGCUGGUCGAGCACAUCAAAAGAUGGAACAGGAUAACGAAAAGGUCACGCAGCAAGAGACGUUUAAGCUGCACGAACACCUACGAAAGGUCGACUUGGAAAAUUCCGAUUUGA